UCGGAUCUCAAACCUACCCCCCAAUUCCUGAAACAAAUCUUCUGCCAGAUCCCAUUUCCAUAUCUCUGUCUAAUUCUUCGAUUUCAUCGAAUCUCCAAACAGUUGCUUGCUAACUCUCAUCAUUCAAUCCGAUUAUUUGUCGAGGGAAGGAAGAAGACGACAGGUGGGGAGAUAGAUACAGUUAUAUAUAUACAGGGGAUUCUUCUUUCAAUUGCUCCCUUUUGAGCUUCUCCUCCUGGCCAUGCGAAGCUGGUCGUCCGCUAUUGGCCUCUCCAGAGAGGGCUUUUCCGGUGAAUUUCGCCCCGCCGCCGCUGACAUUUCCGCUGAAUUUAUCUUUCGAUUCGUUCUCCGUACGCAUAAUAGCAAUGGCUUCAGAUGCUCAUGGCCCUAGUCCUCGAGGUCUUCUCUGCAAUGCCGGGGCAGGUGCCGCCGCCGGAGUUAUUGCAGCUACUUUUGUAUGCCCUUUAGAUGUUAUCAAGACAAGAUUUCAGGUUCACGGGCUACCAAAGCUUGGCAGCACUAAUAUUAGGGGGAGUCUUAUACUUGGUAGCUUAGAACAGAUAUUCCAAAGGGAGGGAUUGCGCGGGAUGUACCGUGGGCUUUCUCCCACGGUUUUGGCAUUACUUCCAAAUUGGGCUGUGUAUUUUACAAUAUAUGAGCAGCUGAAAUCUUUUCUCUGCACUGAUGAUGAAAGGCAUCAUCUUUCUAUUGGAGCGAAUAUGCUUGCAGCUUCUGGUGCUGGGGCUGCAACUACAAUUGCCACAAAUCCUCUUUGGGUUGUGAAGACUAGACUUCAGACUCAAGGAAUGAAAGCUGGUGUGGUUCCAUACAAAAGUACACUAUCGGCAUUAAGGAGAAUAGUUCUUGAAGAGGGCAUCCGUGGGCUGUAUAGUGGUCUUGUGCCUGCUCUUGCUGGUAUCAGUCAUGUAGCUAUCCAGUUUCCAACAUAUGAGAAGAUCAAGAUAUACUUGGCUAAUCGAGAUAACACCACGACAGAUAACCCUAGUGCUACCAAUGUUGCUGUUGCAUCAUCACUUUCAAAAAUAUUUGCAUCCACAUUGACUUAUCCACAUGAGGUUGUGAGAUCAAGGCUUCAAGAACAAGGCCAUCACUCCGAGAAACGAUACACGGGUGUCAUUGAUUGCAUUCGGAAAGUUUUCCAGCAAGAGGGCGUCCCUGGUUUUUACCGUGGUUGUGCUACCAAUUUACUGCGGACGACACCGGCUGCUGUAAUUACUUUCACCAGUUUUGAGAUGAUACACCGAUUCCUUGUUACCGUCUUCCCUCCCGAUCCUCACCCUCAACCAUUAUUGUGAGUCGGAGGAUCAAUUUAUAUCAUGCAUUGGAAAUUACUACUAGUAUGUGCAUUCUUGUACAGGUUGUCUGCCCACAUACCAUAGAAUAGCAAGAUUGCAACUGCCAUACAACUGUAAUACACCAAUGCUGAUACUGUACCGAUGAUGAUGAUGAUAAAUAUUUUAAGGUGCUAAGACACUAAAUUUUAUUUCUUGGG